AUGGAUGCCUCUUCGGUUUGUUUUGCUUGCACUUGCGAAUUGGAUAAAGAAGAUGAAAUCGUAUGCAGCGGAUUUUGCACAUCUUCAUUCUAUCUAAAGUGUGUAAAACAAUCUACUGUCAUACGUGAUUCAAUCGCAAAAUCUUCCAACCUGUUCUGGAUGUGCAAUGCCUGUUCGAAAAUGAUGCAAAAUGCUACUUUCCGGCAAACCAUCUCAUCAACCAACAAUGCCAUGGACGCCAUUAGUGUUGAACACAAUAAGGCACUGUUGGAGCUUAGGAAUGAGAUGGAGCAGAAUAGCGCAAAAAUAAAUAAAAUUUUGCAGCACAUUCCAGCCGUGCUAAACGAAAAAAUCGGCCGUAAGGGUAGCUCCAGCAGCUCCCGAAAACGUCCCCGCUUGGACGGCGAUUGUGAUCAGUCCUCUCCUAACGCUAAUGAAGGCACCAAAGACAUCGAUUCCAACGUGAAAAUUCCACUGGCAGUAAAAAAAUCAGGCGAAGAAUUGUUUUGGCUUUACCUGUCUGGUUUUGACCCGAAGGCUACAGAGGAAGACAUACGAAAUUUAGUGCAGCAAAACCUCAACACCAGCGAGACUGUUGACGUCCGUAAGUUAGUUCCCAAGGGCAAAAAUCUUGAAGAACUUUCCUUCGUGUCGUUCAAAGUCGGAGUUGGAUUACAACUGAAAACGGUCUCCCUGUUAAAAUCCUCCUGGCAGAAGGGAAUAAUCUUCCGUGAGUUUGAUUUUCACACGCGAUCUACGUUUCGGUUUCAAUCACAACAGCAGAUAUGA